AAAAGACUUCGAAGAUGGCUGCGAAGCUGAAGAAACGGGCUCUUGCCGAAUUUAGUCAUGUUGUGACGGAAGAGCCCCAGCCAGUAAAAAAGUUGCGACUCAUUCAACGGUCUAGUGCCCCAAGUAUUUCUCUCAACCUCUCCAGCACUGCCAGCCCACAAGAGACGCUGUUUAUACUGCUGAAACUGUCCACCAACAUUCCCACUGAUAAAGAAGCUGCUGAAUCAAUUUAUGCUGAGCUGUCGGAACAUCUUGCGGGCGAGCGAGAUUCCAUCGUAAGAUGCAAGAUUAUUUCCAUCUACGCCAGGUUGGCUCUGGUACCGGGAUUUUGUGCCCAAAUGCUGGUGGACGAUGUACUAUCCAGGACAAAUUCUGAGACGUCACACAAGGUACUCAGCCAGCUGUUUCUCUCUGCCCAGGCUAUUAGCCAAAUCUUUUCCCCCAGCAGCCCGUACAUCAAAAAGUUCAUGUUGGCGGCAUACAAGAAUGUCUCCCAUGGAGAUCACAGGGUGAGAAGCAGCUGUCUCCAGCUGAUUGGCCGUUUAGCCUCGUGCGAGAGCCAGAGGAAAGACACACCUGCCUCGCCAGAUUGGCCUGUAUCUGUGCAAGAGUUGCUGACACGCUACAUAGCUGAUCCGGACCCACGGGUGCGCUGCAGUGCCUUUGAGGCUAUGCUGUCUCUGCACAACAGCGGCCAGCCGGUGGCGGAGACAGUGUACCAACAGGCGUGUUCGGCUCUCACCGACGACUACGAGGGCGUCCGGCUGGCAGCCAUACAGCUCAUCUGGGUGCUUGCUCACUUCUAUCCUGAGAGGGCUCCCUACACAUGGUCAGUCCCCGGUUCCUGGAGCAGACACUGGACAAAAAGAUCAUGUCUCAGCUACGGCGGAAGCGGUCAGCUCAUGAAAGAGCCAGGGAGCAUUUUUCCUCUGGGGAGUGGUCAAGUGGUCAGAAAUGGGCGGACGAUGCCCCCAAGGAAGAUGUUGAUCCCGAGUCUGUGAAUUUGCUGACCAUGGGGGCCUGUGGGGCGUUUGUGCAUGGCUUAGAAGACGAGUUUUUGGAGGUUCGCAACGCCACGUUGGACUCCCUGUGUGAGCUGGCGGCCAACUCGCCGCAGUUCUCGGUGCUCACUCAGGACAGCAUCAUCGACAUGUUCAACGACGAGAUUGAGAGCGUGCGCCUCAACGCCAUCAACAGUCUGAGGAAGAUCAGCCACAACCUGCUGCUCCGAGAGGACCAGGCCGACAUCAUCCUGGGUGUGCUGCAGGACUACUCUCACGUGUCGCGAGAGGCGCUGCGCCACCUGCUGUCCAGCGUGCGCCUUGCCACCAAGUCGGGCAUCAACAGCUGCGUGAUGGGUCUGCUGGACAACCUGCAGCGCUACCCCCAGGACCGGCUCUCCGUGUGGAAGUGUUCUAGGGAACUGGGAGCCAAUCACCCGGCCCACGUGCUGGCGUUGGUGCCCGACCUGCUGUGUCUCCAUCCGUACUUCGACACGCCUGAGCCCGAGAUGGACGACCCAGCCUACGUGAGCGUGUUGAUCCUUGUCCUGAACGCCGCGGCCAACUCCCCCUCCAUGGUCCCACUGUUUCCCGAACACACGCGCAGACAUUACGCAUACCUCCGCUCCUCCCUGCCGGAACACGUGCCUGUCAUAAAGAGCCUGGAGCUGCAGGAAGGGGAGGCAGGGGACACUCUGGUGUCAGUCUCAAAAGGUCCCGGUUCGGUCCUGGAUGCGGGCCGGUUUGUGGAAGAGUUGACCGGUCAGCUGGCCCAGCUGGGCUCUAUGGAGCCGGAGGCGGCUGUGUCCAUCCUGGAGGUGGCAGUCAGAGACCUGGAGCGUAGCAAGCAGCUGGACUCUCAGGUGGCUGCCUCGGCCGACUGUACCUGCGUCUAUCUGCAGUCUCAGCUGUUCCUCACAAAGCUGUUGACGAGAGUUAACGAUUCCUCUGAGUGCAUCGCAGACACUGAAACUGUGACUUCUGCCGUUGAUAAGAUCUUGGAGCUGACGACACGACUGCAGACAGUCUUCUUGGGGCUGACCAGCGACACCCUGUGGUCAGUCCGGCAGCUGGAGCUGAAGGCGCUCACCCUCCAGAUGGUGGUCACUCUGAGCCGGGGCUCGCUCGGGGAGAAGGUGCGGACGUGCGACACGUUCAGACAGUUCAUCGCUCUCAUGAAAAGAUCCCUGGAGACAGAACCGGCCCAGGUUGACCCCGUGACCCAGCAUCUCUUCUCUCGGCUGGACCGCGUCGACCCGUCCCAGCUGCAGGGCACGCACGGCGUGGUGCAGACAGCGCUGUCCAUGCUGCGGCCCACGGGCGUGCCGGUGCUGCGCGGGGUGCGGAGGGUCAACGCCACGCUGCACGAGCCCGUGGAGAACCUCGAGAAGGCCGUGCGGAUGGCAGCGGGGCUCACGGCUAGCGUCACAGUGGUGGCCACGCUGGAGAAUGUCCGCGACGUCCAGUCUAUCAGGAUACAGGUCCGGUACCCAGACCAACAGAGCCAGCUGAUCCACCCUCCAGUCUCGGCCUGGACCCGACUGUCCCCCCUGAGGCAUCGGCUACACACGGAGGUGGUCAUGUCCCACGCCCUCUGGUCAGAAUCUUGUAACGUGGAGGUGUCCCUGGCCAUGGAGCCGUGCGGUCAGUCCAGACAGCUGCUCAAGAAGCAGGACCUGGUGGAGUUGACCAAGCCCGUCAAGAUCCUCGUCUCCACCAAGGCCCACAAGUAGACAUUGUUGCUGCGCAGCCGGACGCCGUUUUGUGUCGAGGCAAUGGACUGAAAAAACACAUUUUGCCAUCUGCUGCAUUGCUGUUGUUUAUGAAAGGCUUCAGUGAUGGAUACAAACUUGUUCUAAAUUUAAUCUCCGCUUUUACAAAGUUUUUCCUCUCGUCUCUCUCGACUGGAUGUCUUGGUGAAGAAAUAAAGUUUUCCAAAUAGAAA